AAUAAAUACAUCGGAAUACCUUGAAGCGAAUCCAAACGACGAUACGAUAUACCAAUGAGGCGUGAUAAGCGAACGAUUCACAUUUUCAAUCAUCGCCGUAGUGUUCAUGAGUGUUCAAUUCCGUGUUAAGGACAUAUCGUUUUAGUUCCAGUUUUAUUGAGAGAGACGGAUCGAUUUCUCAGACUAGGAUUGUUUUUGAAUGUGCCUUCUUCCUGGGGACAUUGGCCUUACUGUCAAGUUGUAUAAACGUGUAAUAUGCUUUUGUGUGGUUAUAUCAUGAUUUGAUGUAGCGAUGGGUAAUUGCAACACUCGCCUUAUACAUUUUUGGUAAUCGUUAAAUUGGAUAUAGUAUGAUAUUCCCGCCUAAUUGAUGCUCUACUGUAUGAUGACAUCUUUAUACUUUCGGUUGAACAUCGCUACACAGUUCUUCCGGCGACACUGAAAACCAGAACGAACACUGUCCGUAUUUUUAGUCAAUUUUCUUUAAAUAUCGUAAGCGACGAAUGUGACUUGACUUUAUGAUCAUGAUCACAACCCCAGCGGUAUGUCCUGGGGUUAGUUAGAGUCUUUGGAAUGUACCAUACUCGCGAAGAGACACGACGAAAUGGCAUCCAGCUCUGGUCUUCGUGGAUUUGUUCGACAUGGAUAAUCUUCUGCGCCAUCCUUGUGACAUUGGACGUGUCGUGGGCUUGUACCCCUUGUCACAGUAGCUGCUCCUGCACGAGGAGGACAGACCAGACAUGCACUGUGGACUGCUCCUCUCGGGACCUAUCAAUCCCGCCCGCAAGCAACCAACUCCCGAAUUCAAGCACAAUUUCGGAGCUACUCCUCCAGCAGAACCGUAUAUCCACUUUGGCCUCGGAUGCAUUCGACGCCUUUACCAAUCUCGAAAAACUAGACCUCAGCAACAAUUCUCUCACUACACUUUCUGAUGGUAUUUUCAACUCUCUGACGACACCACCAAUGUACUUGGAUAUCUCCAAUAACAACUGGACGUGUGACUCUGACAUCCUUUGGCUUCACACAUGGAUCACAACCAAGAUCAUCCACUUCGAUAGCUUGGAAGAAACGAUUUGCAGCAAACCCACCAAACUUCAUGGUAGGAAAAUUAGUAGUCUGGCAGAAUGGGAGUUGUUUUCUGAUCUCGUCUCCUGUUAUCUCGAAAAAGAUACUGCGACAACAACAACAGUGCUCUUUGUGGACAAUGACGCACCCACGAACACAACAAAAAAGAUAUGCAACGACUUCUGCUUCCGAGAGAACAACUCAUACGGCAUUAUCUACAACAACAGCUGCGCUUGUGGCGUCAAUGCCAAGACAGUUCUACCAUCAUGCUCCUGUCCUGAUCUAUUAACUUCCACGGAGCCAAAUACUGGCACUGACUUCUGCAACAAGACAUAUUCAAAAGGCGCUUUUGAAGUCGCUGCAGAAAUUCGGUUUGGCACCAUACCCGUGAUUUCCACACCGUCUUCAUUUACUUUUACUGUAACGAGUUCCCUAACAGAUCGGUUAAGUUAUACCUGGGCUGUAGAGGGAACGUACCUGUCAUCCACACUCUACACGACCUCAAACCCUAGUUUCACUUAUAAUUUCCUGCAUACUGGUGCUCACAUCCUCCGCGUGAGCGUUGCUGCUGGUGCUAGAAAGGAAACUGCCUCCCUGCCGAUAUCGGUAGCUUCUCCUGAAAGGAGUUUCCUCCGAUGCCCGAAAUAUUGGAACAUUGACAACAGUAUUAACGCAACACUGGGAAGUUUCUCUGCCUCCACGUCCCGAGCUGUUUGGGAGCGACUGCACGAUGGAGCAAAGAUUAAUCACCCUUCCUGCCCGACUGGUUCACUUCAUCAAGAUGGCUACUGCAUCACCCUCAACACCUCGCGCCUGUCAUGGCAAGCUGCCGAGGACAGUUGCAUCGCAAAAGGAGGACACCUUGUCGCUUUGAAGUCUUCAGAUCUCCACUCGAGUCUUAAAGCAAAAGUACUCGAUACGGCGAGCGGCUCCGAGUAUUGGACAGGUCUCAACGACAGAAGCUACAAUGGGGUCUUCAUGUGGAGCGACGGCUGGUCCCUCGGUUCGUAUAAGAAUUGGGGGACUGAUCAACCAGAUGAGGGAAAUCCUCCUGAGGACUGUGUGGUGCUAAAGAAGAGUGACGGGGGUUGGCAAUGGCACGAUAGGAGCUGUGAUGCAACCUUACCAUUUAUGUGCCAAGUUAGAUUAGGAACAAAAACGAGAAGUGCAAGUGUUCGUAUCGUAGGUGCUGGUAAUUUUGGAUGGAACGAAAUGUUCACUGAAGUUACCGAAGUGGCAAAAUCUGCUGAUAGUAACAACAAGACUGUGAUAAUUUUCCCAGGCCUAUGGUUUACCAGAACUACGGAAAUUCGUGCUUGGGAGUUCAUGACGACGGUGCUUGAAGAGACGACUGUGAUUCGCCUCCAAGUCUAUUCUCCUUCAUGCGAUUCCCAAGACGAAAGAUUGGUGCCUCCUGGUUGCAAACAUAUUGCAUCACCCUACAGUAUCUGUGAUAGUGCCUCUCCCAACUGUCCUGCAAGACCAAAUUGCCUGAGCUACCAGCAAAUUUGCUUGCUUGACAACACCUGCAAGAACCUGACACAGCCUUGCAACUGCCAAGAAGCAAAGGGCUAUCAAGGAUGCUCCACCAACCCAAAGAGACACGUUGGAAGCGUGCCAACCUACCAACUAUGGCGUGAAUUCACUAUUGCUCUUGCCAAAGGAAAUUCGACCUUGAUAAGAUUGCCGAGUAGCAGUUUUAUAUACAGAAACUAUGUUAUUGGAAUAUCAUACAACUCGACUGCUAACCCUAUCAAAUGUGUUACGGAUAAAACGUCAUCUUUGAGACAGAACUACCUGUCAAACAAACAGUCAGAGUGGGUGAACCUGAAAGACAACCCUGAUGCAUUUAGUAAGGCAACGUGGACGGACGACCAAGUCUGUUCCCUGCGCGUUAUCGGAAACACCUACACAACCAGUGACUUUCCCAUUGAGAUCGCAGCAAAGGAUACAUUUGCUGGAGCGCCUGGGGUAUACACAUUUAAGGCGUCGGUUGGUAAUGCACUUGGGUCCACUCCCGAUGCGUGCAACACAACUGUUAUGGAACCCGUUGACGGCAUCGAACUUCUUUCGCCAGUUCGAGUGGCCGCGGGCACGGACACAUCAAAGCUUGCACCACAGAUUCUUCAGUUGGGCAUACCACAGCAUUUCCUCAUCAAAAUCAGCCGUGGGACUCAUAUCUCUGCCUCACUGAAAGAUGCCGGAACGACGCCGAUGACCUUCUCGGCGACUUGUCCGGAUACCUUCGCGCCAGCUCUAUGCAUGAAGAGUAGCACAGAUAUCGAGAAGCCAUUCUCUGCUGUUGAGCGCACCUACAACAAUCUUUUGACGGCGCCAACUUCAAUUAGGUUUACAGUUCAAAACCAAGUCAGUUCAAAGCAAUUAGUGUUAAAUGUGAAGCUGUGUGAGAUGAUAAGUGAAUUAGCUAUCAUAAACAAUAAUAGUGUUGUACAAACAAACAAACAAGCAACAUUCUAUGGCAGAAUUAGCAAAGGGUCUUGUGUGUCCUAUCUAUGGGAACUGGAUGGGGUUGUCAUACAAGGAUCAAGUAGCUCAAAUCAGCUGAAUAAAAUAUUUGGGAAUGCUGGAAACUUCACACUCAAGCUAACAGCUUCAAAUGAUAUUAAUACGGCAACAAAAACAUUGACCUUCAGUGUUGUGACGUACGCUGAUCCAAAAGAUGCUAAGUUUGUCUCGCCUCCAACGGAAGGAUUUGUUGGAAAACCUGUGACAUUCAAAGUUUCUGUUGGGGUCAAUAUCAACAAACACUUUUCAAUUCUGAUGGAUUAUGGUGCUACGACGGUUUUAAAUACUUUUCAAGCUAGUCAGUCUCCUUACGAAACCACUCAUCAGCACACUUUUGACACAGCGGGAUCAUACACUGUGAAAGCGAAUGCAUCCGAUGCAGGAAGCUGGGUGGUUGUAGAACUAACCUUACUUGUGCGCUACCCUGAUCUAACUGUGAAAAUCACUACGGAAAAUCCGAACGUAGCGACUGGGAAGCCUAUUGCGUUUGUUGCAGAUGCAGAAGUUGAGACUUUAGGUUAUAACCUAGAGUAUACAUGGCACGUCGGUACAGGAAUAGUAUCUGUGAAGUCUACAUCUAAAGAGUACUCCCAAACAUUCAAUACUACUGGGACCUACAAUGUGUCUGUAACGGUUUCAACUGGAUUUAAUGACGCAUCGGAUUCCCUUUCUAUCGUAGUCAUUGGAACUAUUACAGGCCUUUCACUCCAGGUACCUCAUAGCAUAUUCGAGAAAACGGCAGCAAAGUUUACUGCUUCUGUUGCUACGGGGACGGAUAUAAGAUAUUAUUUCAACACUAGCGUUGAUGCACUUCCUGUGUCGACUUCGCCCGAACUAAAGUACACGUAUCCAAAUCAGGGGACGUACACCAUGAUUGUUACAGCAAACAAUAGCGUCAGUCACAAGGUUUUUUCGAAGUCCGUUACCGUAUUUAAUAUAACAUAUCUGGAAUUGACGGAGGUGACAGGUCCCGCAACUUGUAGCCGAGUCAAUUUCGAUCUUAGCUUUAUUGCCAAUUUUGUACAUGUGUCACCUAAAGAUCUUGAGUUUACGUGGGAAUUCGGCGACGGGAGACGAAAUGUCACUAAAAAAGGUGAUCCCAACGUUAAGCAUGCAUACAGAUCAGCCUCGAACUUUACCCUUAAGGUGACUAUCAAGAGCGCACAGAAGUCAGUGCAAGGCACGAAGAUAGUUUGUGUUCAGGAGCGAAUCACCAAAGUAACUCUAGCGCCGAAUGUCACUGUAGUUGGUGUUGGUAGUGACCAGCCAGGAACCAUAGCAGUUGGAGUCGUCGUAAAGCCAGCUUCAAACACUCAAACGUUUACAUGGAUCUUCAAAGGUGUUUCAGAGACAGGGUCGCCGGUUAAAGAAAAAGUUUUCAGCUUGACUACUGCUGGAAAGUACACCCUGUCUUUAACGGUUGAAAAUAAUUUAAAUUCGCAAACCCAGACAUUGGUUUUGGAAGCACGAACAAUUAUCACGGGUUUCAAACUUCAGAAUGAUCUCGUUGACAAUAAGUAUGUGGAAACAUUCAAGAAUGUUGCAUUUAGUGUUACUGCUGUUAGCGGAUCAGAUAUUGUGUAUUCUUGGAUAUUUGGGGAUGGAAAUACCCUAGAUAAAGUUAAGGAGGCUUCUGUGACACAUGCAUAUAAAACACGUGGGGGUUACAAAGCAACUGUGAAAGCAUCUAAUCUAGUCAGCCAGGGAGAAGUAUCAUUGGAUAUAAGUGUACAGGACGCAGUGUCAGGGGCUAAGCUAGCUGUUGAUAUGUCGGCUGUGGACGUUAAUCAACAGGUCCGAUUCACGGCUUCAGCUACUGCUGGUACUGAUCUCUCGUACGAGUGGAAACUGUGCGCAACCUGCUCAACUGUUACCAGUCAAGCUUCAACCAUUGACCAUAAAUAUGCGAGCACAGGGAAGCACACAGCAAGCGUGGAAAUCUUGAACAAGGUUAGCCAAGAGACUGCAACCGUUGACAUCAUGGUUUUGCAAAGGAUUUCGGAACUGAAAAUUGUCAUGAAUGUUGGUACUCAUGUUGCGAAAGGCUCCACAGUUGAUAUGGAAGCAGUGUGCAGUCGCGGAUCCGAUCUGACAUAUGAAUGGAGUAUCCAGCAUACUGGCUCGAGGAACACUGUCGAGUACACAACUAAGACGGUUAAGUUCACAUACAAUGAAAUUGGCAACUAUAACGUCAAGGUUACCGUCACAAAUGCGCUCGGCAAAGAUGAUGCUACCACGUCUGUCAUUGUGCAGGAAAAGGUCACUGGUCUUGAAAUACAGACAACGAAGGCGUAUGCUGAGCGCGCCGAAUUGAUAACAUUCACUGCUCUAACAUCAUCAGGGUCGGACUUGACUUACGAAUGGGAUUUUGGCGAUAGCGAAAAGACGACAGUUGCUAAAAAUAAGAUUGACCACAAAUAUACUAGUCUUGGAACCUUUACGGUUGCUCUCACUGCCAAAAACUUAGUUAGUACUUUGACGAAGAUCGUGACUGUAGGAAUAGAAGAAAAAAUAAACAGUAUAAGGAUAACAGGCUGCUGUAACAUGGUGCUAGCUUCGGGUGCUCCGGUUACCAUGUCGGCAACAGCAGCUGCAGGAAGUAACCUCGUGUACACUUGGACCAUCACGGGUGACACUGGUAAACCAAUGACAUUCAAUGGUAAUACGUCUAGUCCAACUUUCCAAACAAAUGGAAGCUAUAAGAUAAAUCUUGAAGUGCAUAAUCACAUUAGUACAUUAGCUGUAGAUAAGACUGUCAGUGUUCAGACAAAAGUCGACAAAGUACAACUUGUACUGCAACAGGACAAAGACAAACUAUUUGUAGACCAAAUGGUAAAUCUAUACGUGACGACGGGCCAAGGCUCCGAUAUGAAAUACAAAUGGACUUUAAAUGGUGUUGAAGAUAGUCGUACAGACAGCUCACUGAAUCGGAAGUUCACUUACCAAGGUGUACACCGGAUCAAGGUCGAUGUGCAUAACGAUGUCAGUAGCGGCGCUGCGCAGAUAGAACUCACAAUAAACAAACUCCUUUGCAAUGUACCAAAAUUAUCACCCAUUCCGACAUCGAAAAUCAAAGUGUCAAGAUCACAAGAAUUUGAUUUGGAAGUGGAAGUGGAUACCAUGGGUUGUACCGUUUAUACUGUGAAAUUUCUUUGGACAGUCUAUGACUCGGAUUCGUGUAGCAAUCUCAAUAGCAAGCCAACUGUCAAGCUGCCCACAGGGGAUACUACAUCGGACAGCGCCUUGCACAUCUCGAGCGGAACUCUCAGUGUUGGUCUGUACUGCAUGUCGGUAAACGUGGGGUACUCUGACACACCCGUUGGCCUGACCGACACAUUCGAAGUCGAGGUGACAGCGAGUCCAUUGCGAGCUGUGAUAGAGGGAGGGUCAGAACGAUCGCAUGGAAAUACUGCAACCCUUUUGCUUGAAAGCGGAUCGUAUGACCCUGAUGUCUUGCCACCUCAAACCACUGAGUUAAAGUAUAAGUGGACCUGUAAAGCCGUUCAUCCUGCUCCAAGUCCGGCAGAUGCUUGCUUCAAACAACCAACAGAUGGUGCCAAAUUAAGCAUUCCGACUGGUUCUUUAGUCAACGGUGGCAAAUACGAGUUCACUCUAACUGUCUCUGAUGGAGGAUCACGCAUGAAAGUUACCACUCAGAAGGUGAUGGUAAACCUGAAACCAAUUCCGGAUGUGUACGUUUCAUGCCUAUCUUGUCGUCAAUCUGGAAGUUACGAUGUCCUGCCAAACCGUCCUCUUGCGAUAAAAGGCACAUGUAAAAAUUGCAAUGACAAAACAAUAACUUACUUCUGGACAAUCCUGAGAUCAGAUGGUCAGAGACCUGAAAUUACUGAUGCCAGCUCUGCCACAGGAAAUGGGAAAUCUUCUUUAGUCAUCAACCCCGGAGUUCUUUCAAAUGCUUUCAGCUAUACUGUCAAGUUAACAAUUGAAGACACUCGAGCAAAUCUGGAGGGGUCUGCUCUGGUACAACUUACAGCAGCCCCAAUUACAGAUGUAGGGAUUAAAUGCCAGAUAACGCCAGUCGUGACCGUGGUGCUACAAUAUCCAGUCAGUAUCACUUGUACGGGUGCUGAGGCAUCGGUCGAGCCGAAUAAGUAUCGGGUAAGCAUGAAAUGGACGGACGCAACCAAUACAAAGAGGGAAAUUGUGAUGUAUUAUGGUCUGAACCCCAAUACGAAAGUCUACUUGACACACGUGGGGAGCAAAGCCACGUCAAGUGUAACCGUUGAGGUUGCCAUGGAGAACAAGUACGGUCAUGUCAAGCUCAUUAAGUCAAGUUUGAUCUACGUGACGGAGCUGGUCAUACCAAGCGGUGUCACCAGAUCAGGGUAUCUCAGAGGGAAGGUCGAGACCGUAUUCACGGAGCUUAAACGCAAAGGCGAUACAGUGAAGUUGCUACAGUACUCAGUCGCUUUAGUGGUUGAACUGAACAGGGAUAUGGGUACGACUAAAAAGGAAAAGAAGGACAAGAUGUUUAUAAGGGAGUGCCUGCUGGAGGGGUUGUAUAUUGCCACUGUGACAUCUCUGGAGCGGAUAGGUGUAAUGGGUCCGAUCUUGGAAAGACUGACGAGCGUGCAAGAUGAAUUUGAAUCCAAACAAAACAAAGUCGGACACAUUCUCUCAAGCAUCUACGGUUACUUGGAGAAGCACCUGACGUAUGGCUCAGAGACCAGAGUUACUAAUCCAAACUCACUGGCCAAUGCGAUAAGCAAUCUCCUUGGCAUCCAUUUAAGCAAUGGCACUAAAGAGCAGCAGCUCAAGGAUAUAAUGAAAGACUCUCAAAAUAUUUUCCUUUCCUACGUUCUGGCGAAAGUCCCUGAGGAAAGUCCUGUCGAAUUCAACACAGAGGAGUUCACCUAUUCUGGUUCUAAGACUGUUGUCGGAUCAUUGUCGAGAUCAGUGCAAUUUAAAAGUGGUGCUAUUGGACUGCAACCUGGGAUGAUCCCUGGCGACAAAAGUAGAGAGGUGGCACAGGCGGCGAUGGCGAAUCAUAAGAAUCCGUUCAGAUGGGGUUAUAAAUCCGGCUACCCUGUCACAUCAGGUGUCCUUUAUUUCACCUUGUAUGGGUCUGACGGUACUGAGAUUCCAAUAAAGAAUCUUUCGAAAGAGAAAGCAGUGACACUAGAGUUUGUUAAGGAGGGGAACAAUGCUAAUGUAGCUCAAGGAAAGCAUGAAACGUAUUUGCCAACGAAGAACGUCAAAUACACUAAUUUGACACUUGUGCCUAAGGAUUCAAUAAACAUCCUGGUGAAUUCAAGUAAACUUGGCCUUACAACUUCUGGUGCUGCGCUCUCCAUACAGGUUCGGUUUACCAUGGCAAAUGGUGAGAGCUUCCCGACUGCGGGAAUCGAGGCUCAUUCCUUUCUUGGUCUAGGAACUAAACCGUCCCUCACUAAUUACACGAGAUACAUGACAAUCAAGUCAAGUAUGAUGGUGAAAACGGAGGAUUACAGGAACUAUACGUUCUUCGUGAACCAGAGUUCCUUUGAUCUUACAAAAGACUGCUAUAUCCUUGUCCAGAACAACAACACGGUGUCCAUCAACCUUAGCGUCGGAGUCUACAUCAGUAGCUGUCAGUUCUACACUGAACAGGAGACUUGGAGCAGUGAAGGCUGCGAGCCGCUGGAUACAAGUACGGCGACUGUCACGGUCUGCAGUUGUAACCAUCUCACAGCUUUUGGUGCAAGUGUUCUUGUCCCAUUGAAUGCAAUUGACUUUACUGACUUGAUUCGCUUGGACCUAGCAACUAACCCGGUAGCAAUCGCUCUAUGUUCAGCUAUCCUUUUCGUCUACAUUCUCGUGUUGAUUUGGGCCCGUCGGAGCGAUAUCCGAGAUGAGAAAAAAGCCGUGGUUGUACCUCUAUGUGGCAGGGAUGGACCGUACAGAUACGAGGUGUCUGUUUAUACCGGCAUGAUGCCGGGUGCAGGUACAACUGCCCAGGUUGGUCUCAAGCUUUACGGAGAAUACGACAAGAGCGAUGCCAAACAUCUUUGCCGGCCGAACGCCUUCCGUAGGAACGGCCAUGAUGUCCUUGUGGUGGCCUCGCCAAUGAACCUGGGAGAUAUCUGGCAGAUUAGGGUGUGGCACGACAACACUGGGCACCAUCCCACUUGGUUCCUCUCCCAUAUCAUCAUCCGGGACCUCCAAACGAAUAGCCAUUGGCACUUCCCGGUCAGUUCCUGGCUCACCAUCAAUGCUCCGUAUGGGGUCGUUGAAAAGAAGGUUAAGGCUGCAAGUUCGCACGAGCUUGCAGAUUUUUCCCUCAGGUUCAGGAAUGAAGCCGCAAGUGGAUUCUCCGAAAAACAUGUUUGGACUAGUGUCUUCGAACAUCGAGACCGGAGUCGCUUCACGCGGGUCCAGCGGGUGACCUGUUGCGUGACGCUGUUCUACACCUUCAUGUGCGUGAAUGCCAUGUGGUACGGCCUGGUCAAGGAUACAGAUGACCGCUGGAAGGAUAUCUGGGUGGAUGCCUUCUCUUGGGAGGAGCUGGUCGUUGGAAUACUCUCAAGCCUAAUGGUGUUUCCUAUCAACAUACUCAUUAUGCAAAUAUUCAGGAAAAGCCGAGUGAAGCUUGACGCCCUGAAGCGACAACCCAAGAAUGAGACAAUUGAGAUGGAUGAUCUGUGUCAUGCGCCAAGACAGGGGAGUCUCAUCUAUGACAACAAUGGAAAUCCCUGUCGGUUGAAGCGGACAGAAGCUUUGAUGAAAAUUAUCCAUGAAGGCUCCAGUUCGGACAGCAUGCGGACCAAGGACACUUCAGACAUCGGGACGUGGAGUUCAGGAUCCAGGAGCAGUUCUGCCAAGCACAGAGAAGAGUUUGCAAGAAAGCUCCAAUUGAAUGGCGAUGACCCGAAGUUAUGGUCGUACGAUAGCAUCCUUCAGUGGCCAGAGGCUCUGCCCUCAUGGAUGGAACACGGGAAUGAUAGUCCACCACUCAGGAAUGUCAGGCGCAAACAGUCCACCCAGGACACUGCUAAUGAUUCGCCCGAAAAGGACAGGCGCUCGCUGAGGAGAUCUUCAAUGGCAAGGGCAACCCGGAAGAUGAGCAUUGACACACUGCUGAGGUCCUGCGAAGAAGACCUGCAAGAGGAGGAGAAGGAAGUGAAGACUGGCAAGAGAGUCUCCGUGAUCGACGCGAAAUCAUCCAGUACAGAAAGUAGCAGGAAAUUCUCACUGCCGAUGCGUCGAUCUCGCCGGGUCAGCACGAACACUACCCUUACAGCUUGCGGCACAGAGACGAUCCCCUCGACUUUUGCGGAGGAUGAUGCAUGGAGUAGUCUACCAACGGAAAUGUCAGAAGUCAGCGAGUUUGGAUCAUCAUACGGCCUCGGCUCGAGAAGGACGACACUGAUAUCAAAUGGGGUGUCGGAUACAUUUGACAGGCGUUCGACCUUUUGCCGUAACUUCUCCGAGGGUGAAUUCAGCAUUGGUCGCGAGGAGACAUUUGACCUUGAUAGUGCCAGCAUGGCAAGGAGUGCAAGCAUUAUCGCCUCAUACGGCAGCCGGUCAUUUACGAGCUCGUCAUCUGGUCCAUCGAAGCUGAAUAGAACUACCAGCCAGAGCCUUAUACGUAUUCCCGAGGUAAACCACAAGAAGAAGCAAUGCCUGCUGCCCCACUGCUGUGUCUACCUGGCCUACUCAUUGUGUGCAGCUCUCUCAAUUCUCUCCAUCAUCAUGGUCGUAUUGUACGGACAUAAAUUUGGAAGAGAUUUGGCCUUAAAGUGGCUCCUUGCCUUAUUCAUAUCAUUCGUACAGUCUGCAUUUAUAACCGAGCCACUAAAGGUUGUGUUCAUUGCAAUAUUCCUAGCAACAGUCACAAAGCGAGCUGACCAAAGGGUUGAAGACAACGUUGAAGUCUCUCCCAUACUGGAGUCCAAUGAGAAAAUCAAGGAGGACAAAAUGAAGCCAAUCAAAGGUUUUGCCCUUCUUCAAGCUCUCAAGGAGGGGCGAAAGGUUCACAGGAUGCAGCUGAUCAUUCGCCAAUCCAUUGCCUACUUCCUGUUCAUCUGGCUCAUAUUUGUCAUCAACUACGCCAACAAUGAUGACAAGGCCUACUACCUGACCGAGAAUGUCAAUAAUACUCUGGCCAAGUCCUCACUUCCCAUGUCUGGACGAACCUUAAAGUCAUUGCAGAGCACAAACGAUAUAUGGUCCUGGUUGGAAGCCAUAGCUACUCCUUAUGUCCAUUCAGAGAACACCACUGAUAGCUACCUCUACCUGCUUGGAGUCAUGCGUCUGAGACAAAUCCGAGGCACCAAAGAUAACUGUACGGUUGAUCUUGAUCAUAUUUACAAUGCAAGAUUCCGAUCCGAUGGCUGUUACGGGAAAAGGCUAUUUGACGAGGACACUGCCACCUAUGAUGAGAUGUGGUCUCCGGCUCCUGAUGGAAAAUGGAAGCAUGAAACAACUGAUGACUGGCUGCAUGAGGGAAUAUACCAUUCAUAUAAAGGAGGUGGUUACACCAUGACACUCGGCUCCAGCCUGCCUGCCUCACUAAGGGUGAUUUCUGCCCUAAAACAAGCCAACUGGAUCAAUGACAGAACAAAGGCAGUAUUUGUGGACUUCACUAUCUACAAUGCCAACGUUAAACUCUAUUCGGUUGUGAAGGUUCUCUUUGAAAUUGGCGGGCAUGCUGGUAUGACGUCAUCAAUUGAGAUCCACACGACCCGAUUUUUCAACUUCAGUUUCGUCGUCUUCAACUACUACGAUAUAUUCAUGAUUCUGCUGAUACCAUUCUUCGGGUACCUAUUGGUUCACGUCGCCCUGACAAUCAGGGAAGAGAGAAAGAGCUACGCCAAGAACGUCUGGAACUGGAUCGAGCUUGCCCUGGCGCUGGUCAUGGGUGCUUCCCUUGCCAUGUAUAUGUACCUCUUGCACCAUUCAGCCGAUUUCCUCGCAAUGCAGAGGCAAAGAUCUGGGUUUUUCAACUUUGGACCUUUGGCGUAUCACCAUGCUGUUUUUAAGCGACUUAACGCUGUAAUGUUGUUCAUACUUCUUUGCAAGAUCACUCAUCAAUUCCGUUUCAUCAAAAUAUGGAGCAUCUAUGGUAAUGCGCUGGGCCGGAGUCUGGUGCGGCUACUCUGGGUCUUCUUCCUGUUCAUCAUUCUGUGGUUGGUGUACGGCAUGCUUGGAUAUCUGAUGCUCGGACCAGGCGUGUACGCCUUCCGCUCCUAUGGGGCUUCAAUUCUCUCCCUCAUCUUGAGUAUUCGUGGUAGCAUGGACUUCUUCAAACCCUUCGACUACAACCCAUGGUUCACUGGCUUCUUCUUCUUCACCUACAUCUUCUUGGUUUUUGGGUUCAUCUUUGCCUUGAUCAUAACCGUGCUCCAGAAGGCGUACCAUCUGUCAAAGUCCCGGACCAAGUACCCGUGUAAUCUGGACACCAAGGACUACGAAAUGAUCGAUUUCAUGCUAGAGAGGUUCAAAGUGUGGGCUGGUAUCAAGAAGACGCAGAAGGUCAGCCGGUCCUUCCGCAAAGUUAAGUUCAAGGGCAUGCCGUCCGUUUCGACCAGGAGUACGUACUCCAGUAAUGACGCGAGCACAAGCGGACAAAGCGCCUCCACGACCAGCUUUGAGGCAUUGGAGAAGAUAUGUAAAGAGUCGCAAUACACUGAGCAGAUGGUGAACAGGUUGGCGCCAUCUUGGGAAGAGGUCGUCGCAAAGAUUGAGAAGUUGCUAGAUUAUGACCACCAGGAAGCCAAGUUGUGUUCAGAUAUUGCGCGAAGGAUGAUAGAAUCAAUUCCAACGUACGGCACCGACCGUGCCGCCGUGAAGGCGACUGCAAAGCCUACAUUCUUAGCCACGGCUUGGCGAUCUAAACCUUCCAUCAAGAGCUUCAUCUACAGUGCCGGGUCCAACAGGACUCCACGCCCUCCAUCGCCACCGGCUCAGCCACAGGGAAUAAUGAAGAAGCCGUCUACUUUACCAAAAGUAACGAACCAGAAUGUCAAGAUUACCGCAAGACCCAUAGUCCGGCCGAUGACAUCGAGACCCCGAGGCAGCAUCAGUACCAUAUCCUCUGCAGGCAGGAGCAGCAUUAGUACCAUCUCUAACGGCCAUCGUGAAAGUAUUAGCACAACUAUAUCCGAGGUCUCAACUGGCAAACAAUCCAGCUCGAGUCGCUCCGUUAUAUCGUCUGCUUCGAACGCAUCUGGGAACUCAAACAAAUCAGACUCGCAUAUGUCCGUGGUCUCUGUGAGGUCUAACGCCUCAUCGGAUGAGGGUCGACUGUCCAAGAGUGUGCAGUACACGGCUGACACGAAACCACCUGUUGCGCCGAAAGCGCCCACGACUCAAUAUGUGCGUGCGUCGAUGCCAGCAAGGCAGAACACAACCGCAAGGCCCUGGGCUGCUCGGCCAACACGACCACCGCAUGUCCUGAAAUCGGUUAGCAAAAAUGCUUGGUAGCCGAAAGGAACUUGGAUUCUUACCACACAUUCAUAUUCCAUGGCUUCUUUCUUUCUCUUGAAGUAGGUGAAGUGUUCACCAUAAAAACAUGUAGAAUUCGUCUUCGCAUACCUCAAAGCUUAAUAUCAUCUGCAAAAUACUUUGUCCACCAAGAACACCGAACACAGUCAUGGUUUCAAAUUGUGCAUAGUUCGUUCCCACCUGUAAGAGAAUGAACUAGGUUAGAGCUAAUAAUGAAUGACCUUGUUAGUGAGGACUGGGAAUUAACGCUGAGAACUAACAAGGCCUGCUUUAGCACGUCUUGCGAGAAAGCGGUUAAAAAGUAGCCUUCCAACAUGCAAAGGUAUAUUUCUGAUGAAAUGGAGGCUGCUAUUUUGGUGCUGCAAUAACUGUCAUGUCUGUAACAUUGUCGGACCAUUUUCUUGUUUUGUAGGCUGUUGAUAUAUUGCAAAGGUUUGUUUAGAAUACGCUCUUUCUAUUAAACAAGUUAUGAUGUUUUCAUAUAGGAGCAUACAGUAAUGCUUUUUUGAUGACGUUAUCUUUUAUCAGGCAUAAUAGUUUGUAUGUACACAGUCGUCAUUUCUGUCAUUGUCUGCAUACGAUAUUUAUAAGGUUGAUUUACAAAACCGUACACGUCCACACGUCGGUAAUGCCGCAUCUGUGAGGUUGGUGUGAAGAAUGUAGACUAUAAACCAUGAUCGAUGGAGGCCGGUGUCGGUGUACAGGAGGCCCAUGUAGACAUGUAAAAAGUGGCAUAUUUGUGAUUUUGAGUCUGUAUACGAUAAUGGCUUAUGAGGUUUUUCAGGGUUUCUAGUAGAUGUGUGAGAUUUUUAAAACGCUCAAAAACCUUUGUUUUUAAAGAGUAUAUGCGAUAAACCGUUGGAAUAUUGGGGAGGGGCGGACGGGCAUGAGGAGACCGAACUGGAGGAACCAAACGGGGCCGAAGUAAGGGAUAAACUUUGUGAGCAAAAUGGGCCAACAGGGGUUAAGCGAGGGAUUAACUUGAUAAGCCAAACUGGGCAAUAACCUAGGGAUAGAGAAAAAGUGAUGGAUUAUGUCCAAUGACACUGUCUUGUACUUGUUUUUGAAAAGCUUAAAGGUGACCUGAAACGCUUUUAUUAAAAUUUAAACUUGGGGUUUAAAGUAAAGGGCAUAACAUAAGAAAAACAAGUGUGAAAACUUUUGACCACUGUGUUUUUUAUCUUAUGCCCUAUUAUUUUUCCCUAAAUUGCAAAGGGUUGUAGGUGACCUUUAAUACUUUGAUACCGGUUGAAUACGUGAUACCAAAAAGGGAAUAAACAAUAUUCUCAGUGAUACAUAGAUAACAUGUUCAUGGUCGUUUUAGGCUAUUUGUAUAAUUUUGAAUUGUCAUGUUGUAAGGUUUUGUGGUGCUACAGUUUUAUGUACAGUUUAUAGACAGUUCGUUAUAACAUAAUAAACGCAAAAAUCCCGAAGGGCCCUUCCACGCCGGGUCUUUUGGACUGUUUGUUGUCUGACGAAGCGCACUGCGCGUUGAUGUUCACUCUUUAAGGCGCAGUAAAAUGGUGUGAAUGAUGCACUGAUUAUGUACAUGUAUAUUAUAGUAUAUCAUCUAUACUAGAAACAAGCAUAGUGAAAUUGGAAAAAAAGAUAAAUGUAUAUAUUUUAA